CAGAGUGUGCUGUUCUAAUUAUUUAAACAAACUUUUUAGAAUGGUGAGUGUAUUGCCUCACAUUUCUACUGCGAUUCAAUCAAGGAUUGCCAGGACGGAUCCGAUGAAAUCGAUUGCAUACAAUGCAAUCCGGAGACUCAAAUUGAGUGCUAUCCGAGGACCGAAUGUCUUCCCAGCGGUUUAAGAUGCGAUGGUAAAAUAGACUGUCCGGAUGGCACUGACGAGCAAGACUGCGGAAGGAAACACUGUGAAUCGAACGAAUUCACUUGCUCGAACUUUGAGUGCAUACCGAAGAUGUUUGUUUGCGACUCGGAUUUGGACUGUUUGGACGGUUCGGACGAAGUGAAAUGCGAUGCGUCGAAAAUGCACAACAACACCGAUGGCCAACAGAAGAUGAAUUGCAUGGCGCCCCGAAAGCUGUGCGAUAACGACACCAAAUGCAUUUCCCCGGCGCAAAUGUGCGAUAAUCGACAAGAUUGUGCCGAUGGAAGCGACGAGCCCCGUAGAUGCAGCGCGAUCGCUGCAAGCAGAUCAGAAGCCAAUGGAGGAAAGUCGCUGCUGUCCAGCUGCGAGUAUCCAAACAGAUUAUGCGACAAUGGCACCAAAUGCAUCACCAUGCAGCAAUUGUGCGACGCAACAGCAGAUUGCCUGGACGAGUCCGAUGAGGGGAUGAGAUGUUCAGAAGACCUGUGCGCGCAUAGCUUUAUCUGCUCUCAUGAGUGCCACAAUGCUCCGGAUGGGGUGGUUUGCAGCUGCCCCCCCUACCUGCACCUACAGGCUGAUCGCACCCACUGCCUGGAGACGCACCCGUGCGAAGCUUGGGGCGUUUGCUCCCAAAAAUGCAUCCCCCGAGGCUCCAGAUACAAAUGCACUUGCGUCGAUGGCUACGUGCUUCAAGACGACGGUUUUACGUGCAAAAGCUCGGAGAUGGGAAGGCCGUUUGUGACGUUUUCCAAUCGCCAUGAGCUGCGAGGCGUGGACUUGCACACGUUCAGUCAGAAAUCCUUCAUUUCGAGCUUGAAAAACACCAUCACUUUGGACUUUUACCACUCGAAUGGCACCGAUAUGCUCUUCUGGACUGAUGUAAUUGACGACAAAAUCUUCCGAGGGACGAUCGUUGGUGGCUCUUUAGGGAACAUCGAGGUGGUGGUCAAUGCUGGAUUGUCCACAGCCGAAGGGUUGGCGGUGGACUGGAUCGGGCAGAACUUGUAUUGGGUGGAAAGCAAUCUGGACCAAAUCGAAGUGGCCAAGCUGAACGGCAGCUUUCGCAGAACUUUGGUGGCGGGAGAGAUGGAGAGUCCUCGAGCGAUUGCCGUGGAUCCUCGCGAUGGCUACUUAUUCUGGUCGGAUUGGGACAAUUCGGCGCCCCGGAUCGAAAGAUGUUCCUUGGCCGGCUUGGACCGGCAAAUCGUUGUGCAAGUCGACCACUUUAUUAAGGGAGGCUGGCCGAAUGGCCUGACUUUGGACUAUGUGAUGAGAAGAAUCUACUGGGCGGAUGCACGGUCAGAUUCAAUUCACACCUGCGACUAUAACGGAAACGAUCAUCACGAAGUGAUCAGCAAUCAGGAGUUUCUCUCCCAUCCUUUCGCCAUUUCGCUCUUUGAGAACUACGUUUAUUGGACCGAUUGGAGGACGAACAGCGUAAUGAGGGCGAAUAAGUGGACUGGGGGCGACGUGAUGGUCAUACAGAGAACUCUGACUCAGCCGUUCGACAUCAAGAUCAUGCAUCCCAGUAGACAGCCGCCAGGGAAAAAUCCAUGUGGAAGUGAUAAUGGCGGUUGUUCUCAUCUGUGUCUCAUCCAUUUGAAUGGCACGUACAGGUGCGAUUGUCCUCAUAUCUCCAGGAGCGAUUAA